AUGUCAACUUUAUCAAGUUUUCAUGUAAUGAUUGUUUCGAAUUAUUUUGUUACAAUCAAAGAUUUUAUCAACUUAGAGUUUGUGUGUAUAAAGUUUCGUGGUAAUAUGAAUAAGUUUCACUUCAACCCAAUUUCAUUGAGUUACAAAACGAUAAAAUAUUUUCCAAACAUUGAGACUCUUCAUUUAUAUCAAAAAGAUGACGAGAAUUUUGAAAAUAUUAUUUUUGUCAACACGGAAAAUAUUGGAAACAAUGAUGUUGAUGAAGAUAACGAAUACAUUGAUGAAAAUGAAGAUGAUUAUUAUAAAUACAUUGAAGACACUGAUGGAGAUGAUAUAAUUGAAAAUAAUGAAAAUAAUGAAAACAUUGAUAUCAAAAGAAACGAUGAAGACAAUAAUGAUAAUGAAGACACGAGCAAUGACGAAAAAGAUGAAAACUUUGAUGUUAAUAAAGACACUGAAAUUGAUAAAAGUGACAAAAACACCAUCAAUAUUCAAGAAUUAAAUAUAAACAAACAAAUUGUUCCAACAAAAAUGUUUUAUCAAAUCAUUGUUUGGUUUAACGUUGAUUAUGUCACUGUUGACAAUAACAAAGGUCGAAAAAUUAUGUUUAAAAAUGUUACUUACACAAAAAACAAUAGACAAAAAUUUGGUAAUAACAUUCCAUUUGGUGUGACAUCAAUUGGUGAUCAAUGUUUUAAAGCAUGCAAAAGUUUAAUAAAUGUUACAAUACUUUCAAGUGUCACAUCAAUUGGAAAAGGUUGUUUUGAAGUAUGCAGCAGACUGAGCAGUGUUGAUAUACCACCAAGUGUGUCAUCAAUGGGUGAAAGUUGUUUUUGUGGAUGUAGUAAUCUGAGUUAUGUUACAAUACCAUUAAAUGUCACAUCACUUGGGGAUUGGAGUUUCUAUAAAUGCACCAGUCUUAGAGGUGUUACAAUACCAUCAAAUGUGACAUCAUUGGGUUAUAAUUGUUUCAGAGAAUGUUUCAGUUUGAGCAGCGUUAAAAUACCAUUAAGUGUGAAAUUAUUUGGCAAUAAUUGUUUUGAAGAAUGCAUCCGUCUAAGUCGUGUUACAAUACCAUCAAAUGUGACAUUAAUAAAUGAUCAUUGUUUCAGAGAAUGCUACAACCUGAGCAGUGUUAAAAUACCAUCAAGUGUGUCAUCAAUAGGUAAAAGUUGUUUUUUUAAUUGUAGUAGUCUCACCAGUGUGACAAUACCAUCGAAUGUAACAUCAUUAGGUGUUGGUUGUUUUCCAACAUAUACAGUUGUUAAUCGUGAGUAA